AUGGCCGGCAUGGCCCGACACGGCUCCGUCGGGGCCUACAACGGGUUCUCCGUGUGCCAGCCGGCACUCGGAGCUUCCCUGCAGUGGCUCCCCGCGAUUGGCACCGCGGAACUUGACGACAUGAUCAACGCCUUCCUCCCUGGUCCCGCGUCCAUCCAGGACAAGCGCGCCCACAUCUCCAUGGACUUCUUCGAGUACUGCCGACUGACCGGCGAGACCCUGAAGUUCUACCCCCUCCCUGCGACCACCUUCACUCCCGUGACCGCCUCUCCUGCGACUUCGGUCCUCUACGACUCGGGCUAUGCGUCCAGCUUCAACCACUCCCCAGUCCUCUCGGAUCAAGGGUCGUGGACGCAGUCCCCGCCCACCUUCGGUGCGGCGACGUCCGAGGCCAAGACCAAGUCGUCGCGGUCCUCCGUCUCCAAGAAGUCCAGCAACUCUAGCUCGCGCCAGCAGACGGUGGACUUUGCGAGCCACCCGGGGAUGCGCAUCCUGACCAAGGAUGGCCGUGACGUGACCAACUCGGCGUCCCGGGGGUGCAAGACCAAGGAGCAGCGGGAUCACGCCCACCUGAUGCGCAUCAUCAAGGCAUGCGACGCGUGCAAGAAGAAGAAGGUCCGCUGCGACCCCAGCCACAGGAAGAGGACCGCCUCGCAAACAUCACCCUCGCAGUCAGAACAGAAGCCGGCGAAGAAGGCGAAGAAGGCAGAGGAGCCACCACCUGCACCAGUCGUCAAUGCUGCGGCCAUGGAUUUUACCCCGGCCGGUGAUUUCACCGCUGAGACCUUUGACUUCUCAUCCUUGGAAGUCGACAACUACCUCCAGCAAGAUUCUGAAGAGUUCUGGAACGAGUUCAUCGCCCUUGACCAGGCGCCAGCACCGGCAGUCAACCCCGCGACCAGCGUCGAUGACUUCCUCUUUGACUCUUUCACCGACUUCCAGAGCUUCAUCUCCCCCAGCUCGGAUUCGUCAUCCUCGACUCCUCCUUCUCAGAUCCUCACUCCGGUCACUCCAGAUCGCUCUCGCCAGUCCCCGAUUGCCGGCCCUGUUUCCGACCUCACCUCCGACGUUGCGGAUGUAAUCUCUUCGGCCGACCUAUCCGUCCCGUACCUCAACCCGGGAGUCGCGCACGGCACCGAUUAUAUCGACUUCAACCUGUACUCACCUGGGCCUGAAGUGUAUGAGGAGGAUCCCGUACUCCAACUACGGGAGCUUGGCAGCCAACAACACUCGCCACAAUCAACCAGUUCCGUCGCCAGCCACACGUCCGCCCACAGUUCACCUCGCAGGUCGGAAGCCGGUGUUGUUACCCAGCUAAGCGAGCCUGGCCAACAACAAUAUCUCGCUACCUCGCCUCGUGAGACCUGGUACUAUGAUCCUGGGGAUACGCCGGAUGUCGAAGCACCGCCUGGAGCCGAGCACGCAAGCACGAACCGGCGCCUGACCACCAAUCACAACAGGCUAAUCGGGGAAACACACGGCGGCUACUACAGCCACAGGCGCGCUGCCAGCGAUGGUUCUCUUGCCGGUUCUUCUCGCGUCGCCGCCCAGCCUACCACCGCCGAGUCGCAUGCACCUCUUGAAUCGUCUGCCUCGUCUGGCGCUGUGUUCGCCAACAGUGCGCUGUCGUCGGUUAGUCCGAGCAGGAUCGCCGGACCCAGGAGGAUAACUACUACAGUGCCUGCUACAGCACCACGUGGGAACUGUAUACCGGCACCUCCUGCCGGCCCGCUUGCGACGAUAGCAGCAGCUGCUCGUCAACCUGGCACGCCUGACUCUGACGCGUAUGUCAAGGCAUCGCCGCCAGCAGCAAUUGCAACUGCAGCAGCACCACGUGGCCGCGCUUCACUGCGCACGACGCUCGCGGCACGCCCGACGGUCCUCGCGACUUCAUCACGGAAGGUUGCCGAUGGAACCGUCCGUGCCGGCGCGCUGGGCUCCGGCAAGCGGUACACAGCCAACCUGAGCGACUGCUCAACGGACCGCUGCUCUCUGGAUACCCGCCCUCUUGAGGAACAACAGCAUGCCAAGCAGCAGCCCACUGUUGCGGGCAAUGUCGCGCUAGCAACAACUGUGUUGUUCUCGACCCUGCCGACGCGGCGCAACGUCGCUGGGGAAGGCGUGCCGUCUGACGGCGCGUUCUUCUUCCAGCUUGCCGUGUUCGGUCUUGUCUCCAUCCUUUGCGCCUCUGCUGUCUUGCAGCAGUACGCGCACUCGGCUAGUCAAAUCAGCCUCGUCAACAUUCUAGCCAUCACAAGCAUGUCUUUGGCCCGGUUCGCCUUGUGGCGCGCCGGGCCACCGUCGCGCGGCGUGUCCUCCAUCGCCGCCGACACGAAAACCUUGCCGCCGUCCGGCCUCUUUGACAACAUCAUGUCGAUGGGCCGCCGCCAGUCGGUCGUCACGGGGUGUCCGACGGACCAACGGUCCUCGGUGUCCCGGUGGGCGAGAAGCAUCCUGCCUCGCCUACGGACAUCGGCGCCACUGCUGGGGAUGUAA